AUGAAGCACUCCUCCCACCAGCCCCGGGCAGCCUUCGCUGCGCUCUUCUUCGCCGCCACGCUCUGGUAUUCCUGCUCAGCAGACGCAAACUUCUGCUCGCAAGCGGCCAUGUGCUGCCCGACGGGCAUGGAUGAUUAUGGAUGGAUUGCAGCAGCCGUCGGCUGCAGCCUCUGGUUUCUGACACUCAUCCUGCUCUGCGUGGACAAGGUGAUGAAACUCCGGCCUGAUGAACCCAAAUAUUUGGUGGCCUGA